CGUACGUCCAAGGUUCUCUGCUGUGGUUCAGGUGCAGCCUCUUUGCACAUACACGAUUGGUUUGGCAGUGAAUUUUGUCUCAUCAUCUUAUUCAACAAUUCCUCCAAAAAGAAGUUCCAUCCAAUUCUGAGAGAUUUCACUUGACCUUUUCAAUUUCAAAUCGUCUCGCCUCAGCAUCCAGCACUGCAUCCGUGCAAAAAACCUCAAUAAUAUAAAAUAUUCUUCACACUUGGUGUGGUGUCCGCUGCCUCACAUCCUUACAUUAGAGGAGAAGACGUCGAUUGUGGACAGUGACUAAAACUUCUUCAUCUAGUUGGUGAAUUUGGUGAUCAUAACAUAGUAUUGAACAUAAUUUAAAGGAACCGUUGUUCAAUUGGUCGAGUUAAGAAGAUGCCGGAACAGGUUUUACGCAUUGAGCCGGACCAUGAACUCAAAUUCAAAGGUCCUUUCAAUGUUCCAUCUACGACACUACUGAAAAUCAUAAAUCCUUCUGACAAACGAGUAUGCUUCAAAAUCAAAACAACAGCACCCAAGCGGUAUUGUGUGCGCCCCAACGCAGGCUUACUUCAGCCUGGAGCAAAUGCAAAUAUCGCUGUUGUAUUCCAGCCUUGCGAACUGGAGCCUACUGCUAAUAAACACAAAUUCAUGGUACAAGCUCUGUACGCUCCAGAUGGUGACGCUUCGAUUGAUAUGGAUUCCUUAUGGAAAGAUGUUGAUAAUACUAAACUUAUGGAUACAAAACUUCGAUGUACCUUUGAAAAUGCGGCAGAUUCUGGGAAUCAGAAUGAUUUAAACGCGUUUGAUGAAGGAAAAGUUACACGUGCUAAACAUGACCAUACCAAGAGUCAAAAGGACUAUACUGUUGCUGCUGCUGUUGCUGAUACGGAGCCGAUUUCUACGUUUGUAUUAGCUGAUGAUGCUUCGGCUAUUGGCUCCGAUAUGGUGUCCGACGAAAGUCAUGGUGGUGAUGCUGCUAACCGGUUGUCUGUUCACCCUGAAACGGUUCAAUUAAGACAAGAAAAUGGUCAGCUUAAGGAUGAAAUAGACAGAUUGAAGCGUCAAUUGAAAUCAAGGGAAGCAAGUGGAUUUUCGGGCAUGGCGAUGCAAACCAAUGCUCCAGCAACGCCAAUGCUUCAGAUUAUUUUAGCCCUAGUAGUACUCCUUGUGGGACUUGUCAUGGGGAAAUUCUUCGUUUAAACCAACAAAUUUGUCAAUUUGCACCAUUUCCUGUGAAUUUGAAGUCUUGAAAGAAAAUUGAGGAUGAAUGUAACACACACAAAUACACACCCUCCUCUUUAUUUGUUGAUGAUGAUUUGGUUUAAACAGAUGUCCACAUGUAAUUCUACCCAAUAACGUAUUUUUUGUCAUCCAGUUUCAAAGUUUGUCAGUCAAACCGAGAUUUCAGAGUCAGUUGUGAUUGCGUUUUAUUAACGUUGAAGAAAAAUUUUGAUUUGAUUUUUUGAUUUAAUUUCCAAUUAUUAAGAGUAGUUACUUUGAAAGGCUUCAAUUAGGUUACUCAGUCAGAGUCGCAAUUUUAAUGAUAAUUUAACCAACUCGGCAGAAAGACGUGACUGAUAAAGGCUUUACAUUUCGAUUCAUUUGCAAUGAUUGCAAAAAUUGUCAUCGUACUGGCGUUCGUAUUUAUCGUGUAAUAUUUUUGGUUAGAAUUAAAAAUUUACCAGCAAACACAUUUAUUUGUAGAGCAUUACUCGUAUGCGUACGUGCAACUACAUAAUAUACACCACCACGCUAUGUUAUAAUGAUUUUGAAUUCCAUUAAAUUAUGUUUUCCGCCACUAAAAGGAGCUAUAAUCCCAUUUCCAAGUACAGCAGCAAUUUCUAAUAAUAACAUAAUAAUAAUAAUCAUAAUGUAUCUUACUAAAACUUUCAAAAUGGAGUUGACAUACCUAUUGUCUGUUUAUAUAAAAAAAAGUAUCAUGAAAAUCGUAGAAAUCAUUUUUCGUUAAAUCUGCUAAAAUUGAAUUGAACAAGAUAUAGUAACAACACCAAGCUUCUACACGGGUAAUAAUACAGAAAUAAUAACAACUUUCGAAUUUCGAAUAAUAUAUAUGCCAAUAUAAAAAAAGUUCGCAGUAGUGCUUAUUGAAAUUGAAAUUAUCAUAGUGUAUGCACUUCUGCACUAUCGGAUAGAUGAAAUCUCAUCAUAUACAUAGGUUUAAAAUUCGAUAAAAUGUUAUAAUGUCAUAUAAACACACAUAUAUAGCUAAGCUGUAUAUAAUGUAAUUAAUUAUAAUAAGAAUAACACUUCUAACCCUCCUCCUAUUGCUAUUUAAGUUCCGAUAGAUUAAAUGUCAACCAACUAUUACAACGUGAUUAAAUAAAGAACAAGACACUCAUCGACGAACAAGUCUGA